AGAUCAGCAGGUUGGCUAUUGUUUGUUUCUCUUGUUACAUAUUUCUGUGAAAACGAAUAAUAGUAACUGGUGUGUUUGUUGUGCUUAAAAAAAGAUAAAUUAUUAUUUAAAGUAUACAAAUUAUUUGCUGAAUCUGUCAAUGAUAAAGAAAUGAAUAAAAACUAUGAGAGAUGUACUCAUUGCAAUCGUAAAAAAUGGCUUACUACUGGUUGUCUUCGCAAAUGGUUGAAACCAAUGGAAUGUAAACACCCACAGCGAACUAUUGAUAAUAAAAGAGAUUAUAAUAACACAGACAUAGUAAAUUGUGUAUUUUUACCCGAUCGCAAGUCACCAGUUAACAGCAAUAAAUUGGUAAAAUUCUGGAAAAACAAGUUGUUUAUUACAGGUAGUGUAAGAUCUCUGCAAAGGUAUUUUGGAAAUAAGAGCAAUGGCAACGAAUAUAUGUGUAACUUGAACAAAAGAAAUUAUCCGUCAACAUCUUCCGAAAAACGUAUUAUUGCUCAUUCUAAUUCUGAAUUGAAAGAAAUUGUAGUAACCAAAAAAGAAAUGAUAAAAUGCCAUCAUGCAGAUGGACAUUUAGUCCUUCGAGGGCAUCACCAACACACUUCACUCGAAACAUGUGCUAUCUACUGUCAAUUAUAUAAACAUGGGUGGUACUGGGGAGGCAUAACUUCAAGUGAAGCUGAAGAGCUUUUGGCUGGGCAACAUGAUAAUGUAUUUCUUGUAAGAGACUCGUAUGAUUCUAGACACAUAUUGUGUGUCUCGUUUAGAUGUGUGGGUCGUACAUUGCAUGCUCGACUUAGACAUGCAAAUGGUCUUUUCUCUUUGAAUAAUGAAACAUUUGUACCAGUAAACAGGAUAUCUGAACACUGUGCUGCUGUAGAUGUUAAAUCUAAUUUAUUUGAAAUGCCAGUAAAAUUAGCAAGACCAUUAAACAGAUUUGCAAGACUGGAUUCAUUACAAAUGAUAUGUAGAUUUGUGAUUAGGCAGACUGUUACAGCAAAUGAUUGGAGCAAAUUACCUUUACCACCCAAUUUAAUAUCUUAUGUGGCUCAGGGAAGUGAUUACAUAGUACCUUCAUAGCAAAUGAAAAUAUUAUGUGCCUUCAAAAACUUCAUUCUCAGCAUAUAUUGUAAUCCUAUUUACACAUACUGGACUGUAAUUUAUAAUGUGUAGAAUAGAAAUGUUUAUAAAUUUUUAUACAAAACAAUUAUUUUAAUAAAAUUUGUUUGUACC